CUUUGGAUGGUGCCACCUCGUUGGCAGUCCGCUCCGGGUUUUCUCACCGUCCCAGCGGCGUCCAACUGUCACCGGCUGUUGCUCCUGGAGGAGAGGCGGGUAAAAUGUAAACACUGGUCCUUCACCAUGGAGACUUUCUUUAGCUGUUGCUCGAUAGACCUCAUCCUUUCUUUCUCGGUAAACCGGAAACCUCUACCAACCCAAUUCCUACAUGUUGGUGUUUCGAGCUGAGUAGUUGGUCAUGAAAUAAACAGCUUACCAACACGGAACGUUAUGUUAGCUAACUUAGCUAGCUGCUACUAGCCGGUGUCAGCUAGCGUUAGCAAACAUUAGUGGUGUAGUUUAGUUCUGUUAACACCCUCAGUUACCGCCUAUUGUGUCCUCAUGCAACUUGAUGGAGAACUACGCAGAGUUUGCACAGCUUUGUCUCUCUAGACUGAAGAAAAAUGAGGCAGAAGAGGAGGAACACCGCAGACCUUUAUCAGCAUCCUCCCUCAUCCAGUUUUAUGGACGACCUAUCCUCCCUCCACUGCUCUCAGGGACACAGAGAGAAGAGAUGAGGCGACACAGAGACGAAGCACAGGAAGGUAGAGCCAGCAAAAAGCUCAAGGAUGACUCCAGAAUGGCCCAUGUGCAAACUAUCCUGUACAGCGUUCAGCUGAGAAAGACACCAACACUGCAGGAUUUACUCCAAGAAACGGAGACUAAAUUUGAGUUUCCACACUUGCAUAACAACAGCAGGUUCUCCAUGUCCUGCAGUGAUGUUUCCGUUGGAACCAGGGAAAGUCUUUCACCAGGACCUGCCGGGAAAUUAAAGAAUGGCAUCGCCCAACCUCCAAAGAUUUCCACAGCAUACAGUGCCUUUCUUCCUUCAAGUAUGCCGCCUCAGCAAAGUUUCCAGGAAGAAUACCUUACUGAGAGACUGGACAGCCAACAAGGAUUACAGCCAUGUUCCUUUAAUACUGCAAGCCACCAGUCACUAUCCUCAGGUUAUAUCACUUGUGAGAAUCAAGAAAACGCCACAGCUGAUUCUGUCCGGACGAUUGACGUCUGGACGACAGAAGAAACGAACAACAAUAGCGGCUUUUUCCUUCACAGCACCUCAAAUACAAUUGCCAAGAUGCCUGAUAUUAUCAGCCAUCCUCCCAUAGAUGGAGAGGAGCUAGAGAGGACUGGACUCGAGUCGUUCUUUUGCAUAAACAUAAUGGGACCUAAAGAUCUGUGUAGCACCUCAUUUCACAUCAAUUCACAGAGAUGUGAUCCUUUAAGAGCUGAACAGCCUGAAUUCAGUCGUCCACACAGUCGGAACAAAGAGGUUGACAUUCCUUUUACAGCCCAACUAAAUCCUGCCAGGAAUAGCAGCACAGAAACAAAUGACGGAUCACUUGCUUCAUCAGAAAAAAACAGCCUGUCAGACAAUGCAGAUUUACAGCGGUCGCUAAAUCUGACAGAAGUCGUCCAUGUUCAGAAACCCCCCAGCAACGCGGAGGCAGAACCUGCAGACAUUGAGAUUGACGUCGCUGACUUAAAGCAACCCAAGGAGUCUCGUCCUCUGAGCCUCCAGGCUUUGCUGAAGAAGUCUCAGGAGUAUCGGCGGCGCCAGCGGAUGCUGAGGAACCAAGCCAAAAACACUAAAAUGCACCAGGAGAGAAUUCAGGAGAAGCCAAAAGGGCGAGCAGAGGAGCCGAGCCUUUCUGACAAGGAGAACGAGGAGUUACAUCACAAGGGCGCUGUUACAGUAGAGGGCAAAAAGACUAAGGAGGGGAGAGGCACUCUUAUCUGGUCGGAGAAACCCUCGCCUCAGAAACCCUGGAAAACAAACAGGAUUGAGUGCGAAGGCGUAGCAGAAGAUGGAAAAGCCAUGGAACGCCUCAGCAUUGAAGAAGAGACAUUCUUAAAAAACAAGCUGAACAGUUCUCAAGAGGUCAUAGCGACACCUAAACAGGUCAGUGUUUUGAUUCAGCAGCAGCAGUCUUUGAUGAAAACCUCCCUUAUCCAAGGAGCGUUUUAUGAGCCACUUUGUCUGCCGUCUUUUCAUGGCGGAGUCGAGAAGUACCGUUCUGUUCCAAUCCCAAGCUUCUGUCUGAGUCCCGUUCCCUGCAAAAAUAAAACAGACGAUGCUGCAGGAACACCAGAACCCAAAUCAGAUUCCAGUUCUGACUUUAACGAGGUCAGAGUUAAGGACUUAAACCUCGAUUGCCAACAGAGCCCAACGGAGGUUCCUUCUGGGAAUGUCAUCGUUGGAGACGAUGCCACAAGCGUGUUCGCCAAAGGUUCGCUGCACAUCGAUCAGCUCGAGUCCAACCUGUGCAGUCUGAAGGUACUGAUCUCAGAUCUGGAGUCCACAGUCAAAGAGAACUUGGACGAUCGCCGGGAACCUGACUGCAGCGUGCAAAGUGAUGAGAACCUUGAGAGCAGCAAGGACUAUGAGCAAAUCGAAAACGCUGGUCCGGAUGAUUCCUCCUGCUGUUUGGAGGACACACAGGAUGCUACUGCUGCUGCUGCUGCUGCUGCUGCUGCUGCUGCUGAUGAUGAUGAUGAUGAUGAUGAUGAUGAUGAUGAUGAUGAUGAUGAUGAUGAUGAUGACAAUGAAGUAGAUGACUUAUGGCAAAGACAAUCAUUCAUUCAGUUUAAGAACAUGGAUAAAGAUGUGGGACCUAAUCCAAAGUCAAGUCUCAGGGAUGUUUCCCUACAGAACGGCUCUGAGAUUAUUAAACUAGGCCAGCAUAGUCAGGUCCGAGCCUCAAUAAAAGAAAACAGAAAUGAGAUGAGUCCAGAAGGAGGAGGCAAUGGUAAUACACAGCGUGGUGUUUCCAAAACGGAACAACUCCUUUCUAAAAAUACAAUGUCCGUAGCACAGCAGAUGCGAAUACCCAGUAUUUUCCGAAAUGUUGCCUGCAAAUACGUCUCUGCGGCUCACCUUUCACAUCUUAAGGAAAGAGUGGGGAAUAUAGCUGCUGGCUCUGAGGGCCCCGCUCCCUCACAGUUUCUUAAUCGGUCGUAUGACGUGGACACACCGUCGGACCUUUGGUUGCAGGAAGGAUCAGGAUCCGACCUCGGCUCACAGCGUAGUUACAGUCAGACAAAGGGUCUGACUCCAGAGAGUGGUGUUGAGGAUCAGUCGGGGGUGUCUAAGGUCAAACGGAGACUGCUCAUGCAUGUGACCGAGGGGACCAUGGAGAUGAAUGAAGGAGGGGGCCGAGCAGUGGACUCUAUGGUCAGACCAAACUCCGGCACUCCUACAGCUGGGGAGUAUUUGUCUGAAGGCUGCAGCUUUCAGAAACAAGAGACACUGAAAAGUAAACAAGAGCGACUGAAACAGAUCCAUGCAGCUCAAGUCCGAGCCCUGCAAGAGGAGCACAGGAAGCAGCAGGAAGAACUCCUACAGGUGUUGGCAACACGUUACCGUCUCCUGCAGGACGUGUCUCCCUGCUCUCGACUUGGGGACGCGUUGACCUUCUCCAGCCUCCCUCAGCCCCUGAGCCCGCUCUCGCGGCGCUGCCGCCCCCUGGUGGCUGCAGCCGUAAAAGGCUUUCUAACUCGCAGGAUUCUACGGACGGAGAGAAUUGCGCAGCUGGUGCGCACCAUCAGGGACACGCAGCAGUUCCUGCAAGCCUUCCAGCAGCAGAGCGCCAGCAGAGUGGAUCGCUGUAGUAGGCAAGAUGUAUUAUUGCAGGAGAGAGUUGCUCUGCAGCUGCGUGCUGCCCGUUAUGAGGUUUACGACAUAUUCUUCAGUCUGUCAGCCGGAGAGCAGAUGCAGCUGAUCAGAUGGGACAGAGAGCUGGCCAGGGAGAGGCAGCUCAGACGGCAGAACGGACAUGCCGGUUGCGCCCGAGGGAAGAGUUCUCUGUCUGCUGCGACGCAGAAAUCCCUGGAGAGAAAGAGAGAAAGGAUGAUUCAGAAAAAGGCUGCAGAAUGUCACAGGGGGGCAGCGGCGCAGACCGGCCCAAAGUCUGGAUUCUCAGUCGAGAAACCACAGGAGACAAAACGAGGACAGUUUAAAGCAAAUCCUCAGAGGGUUCCCAAAAGCGUUUGCUCGUCUAGACCUCGAUGACACUUUUCUAAUUGGCCCCAGUGAGAACUCCUCUAGCAGUGCCCUCAGCCAACUGAAUAAAUGCUAGACAGGAAACCUUUUAGAUGUAAAAUCUAAAUGGAUGCUGUAGCUGACCGACCCCAGGAGAUAUAGAGAUGCUGUUUCAGGAAAACUAAUUAUUUAUCUAAUGUGCUUCUUGUAUUGCUCAGAGUUUUCAGUAGAGGAAUCGUAGCUCAUCAGAACAGAAUAUUCUCAAGAGUUGGAAACAAACGCCACCGGCGGUUUGGCUCCUAAUUCAUGGCUCACUUGGACUCCACACAUCUUUAGGGGUAUUCAGUCCCCUGACGUGCAUUUUUACUCCGUUCUGGAGCUAGUGAUUGCACCUGUGCUAAAUAAAAAAACAAAAAUGAUGUUUUAUGUGCCUUCCAACAAAGUCAGGUGAAGUAUGGAGGGCCAAAAGUGUUAAAAAUAAUUAAGUUUUUUUAAAUGUCUGUACAUAUAUCCAUAUUUGAAGCGUUAUGCAGAUUUGUGUACAAUUAUUUCACUUUUUAUCUUUCAUGGUUCCAAUGCUGCAGUGCCAUAAUUUUAAACUGUUUAAUAACUUUUUUUAAAAAAACAAACUUUGGUAAAUGAAAAAAUUAUCUGCAAGGCAAGACAAUCAGCUUGGCUGGAGCAGUGUUAAUCCCCCUUAACAGAUGUGCUGCACAUGUGGGACCAUUAUUUCUAGAAUGACAUUUAAUGAAAUUGGAAUACUUGUGUCACAUUUAAAUAGUCUAUUUUCAAUUCGUUUUUAGCACUGUUGGCCUUCCAUAGUAUUGGCACAGUUUGGCUGUUUUGACUUUUGCUUAUUCUGUUCUCAGACAUCCAAAUGUCACUGUCACAUUUUAGACAUGGAUGUUUUUCAUGCUUGGAAGCAUUUUGUUGCCUUACAGUUUGUACCAUUUUAAAAUGACAGUUUUGCCAUAAUAUGUGUAGAUUUUUGCUUUUUUACAUUCUUGUGUGCAAAGGCUCAGUAUGUUUGGUAUUUAUUUGUUUAUAUUUGAUAAUAAAGGUUUCCUAUU